GCUACCCUCGAAAAAAAGGGCGAAAAGCUCGCGGCUUGAUCGGGACAGGAAGCAGUAGUAAGCGAAUUACUUGCUACUCGAUCGGAUUGGGUCCAUGGAGAGGGGUUGCAAUGGCGGCGGCGGCGUCAAGGUGACGUUCAUCGAGACGCAGUUCGUGACCUCCGACGCCGCCGGGUUCAAGUCCCUCGUGCAGCGCCUCACCGGCAACGACGCCACGGCCGCGCAUCCGCAUCCGCCGCCGCAGCAGGCGCCGCUGCUCCGGAGGCCUCGGCUGUGCCGGGCCGACGGGUGGAGGGGUGGAGCCGGCGGCGGCGGCGCUGAUGGGCCGCGAGGCGGGGAAGUAUACCACGGCGGCGCGAGCGCGACGGUGGGGGCGGCGCGGCGGCGGACAGCCUUGCCGCCACCGGCGCCGUGGGUGGACGAGAUGCUCUGCGAGACGCGCGGCCUCGCCGAGAUGCCCUGCGUCGACGUCGCCGCGAGCCCGCGAACGUAGAGUUCUUGGUGGCUCGAUGCUCUCUGUAUAUUGUUUCAUUUUUUUGUUUUCUUUUUCGGAAAUUUUUUUUGUGUCUCGCUGUGCUACGUUUUACUCCUAGUUGCUAUCGUAUUCGCCUUGGGGCAAACGUAAUUUAAUUUGGAGUUGAAGACGCACAUACAUAUUCUUUUUAGUUUGAAUUGGUACCGUAUGUUGAGUUUCAUCUCUCUCCUGAGAUUGCAUUGCUUUCAUGAAAUUCAUGGCAGCCUUUGGGGGGGUGG